AAAAUAUGUGUUUCAAAGGCAAUCCAGAAAAGGGUUAUUGGAUUCCCUAGCUUUGACAAAACCUGGGCAGAAUAUAAGAAUGGUUUUGGUGCCCCUGAACAGGAUACAUGGAUCGGAAAUGACGUGAUUCAUCUAUUAACAAAGAAACAGCACAUAUCUUUAUAUGUUUCCAUCACGCUGUUGAAUGGCACAAUGUUAUAUCAGUUGUAUGAUCGAUUCUUUAUUUCCAAUGAAGCUGAGAAGUAUAGACUCUUCCUGGGAAGAAAUACAGCCGGAACCUUAGAUAACCGGAUGACAAACUCGUUGAUGCCACACGGAGUGUAUGAGCGUCUUGAUUUAAAUGGGACGUCAUUCAGUACUCCAGAUAGGGAUAAUGACUGGGCCCCUCAUGGCCACUGUGCUGCUCUGCAACGUGGAGGUUGGUGGUUCCACAGGUGUUAUAGUGCAUUCCUCAAUGGACUCUGGGCUUCAAAAAAAUGGAUAAAACCGUGGUUUCCCGCGGUACAUUAUGGGACACACUUGCGUGGGACAUGGAUGAUGGUUAAACGUAUCGAGCGUGAUGAUUAAUUAUAUAUACAAACUGUGACUUAUAGGACAAUACUGAUAAUUAAUCAUGUCUUAGCUUAAAAAACAAUUAAUUUUGUAUACAAACUGUGAUUGAUGUGAAUAGAACAAUGUUGAGAAUGUAACA